AUGAUUCUGCGCGCCAACGCGACCGUCAUUAGGGUGACUUCCGAGCAAGUGGCCUUCUACAUGUACGCAGAAUUGAACUCUCUCUUGGAGGAGUUUGCUGUAUGUGCAGGAGAUCGACUUGUCUUUGAUGUGCUCACUGGCAUCAAGGACAUCUCCCACUUGCCAGAGGUGCUCACGUCCCCAGACAGCUCAGUCAACAAGCGCCUUGUGAAGAGGGCAGAUCAGUUGCCCUUUGAUCUCAUUGACAAGGCUGGCCAGCCUCGCCUUGUCAAGCUCAGGCUGCGCAAGUAUUGGUCUCAGCUGAUCUGGCUGGAAAGGGAUCUGCUCUUUGUCCCUGCCAUUGAUGAAGGGGCGCUGAAGUACAGAAGCCUGCUGGUCAAAGACUACAGCAGGGUAAUGUAUCUUCAAUCUGUUAUAUUCCGCGCAGCUGAGGAAGCUGGCCCUGCCAUCUUUGCCCUGCUGAAAGACAGUCCUGUCCGGGAACUGCUCAACGACUUGCGCAAACAAGUGCACACCCUCUGCCUUCUCAACGAAUUGUUUCACAAGACCGUCAGGAGUGCAAGCGCGCAGGCGUCGUCCACAUCCGCGAGAGCGAGAAACACUUCAGCGAGUGCGAGUACGUCUGCGGCACCAAGAAACACUUCAGCGAGUGCGAGUACGUCUGCGGCACCGAGUAACACUUCAGCGAGCGCGAGUACGUCUGCGGCACCAAGAAACACUUCAGCGAGUGCAAAUAUGUCCGCGGGAGCAACGAGAACGACCUCAUCUCGCGCCCCACCGACCACCGCCAUCGGAGUUGCAGCACCGUUGUCGACGACCGUCACGCUUCCUCUCGCCGAUGUCACAAAUCGGACUCCUCGCGCAACCUCACAACGCGCCUUCAAAAAGGCUCUUGGUGCUCCAAACAGCCCAGAGCGCGAGCGGCAGUGGCAAGAAGAUCCGUUGAUUCCCUAUCCUCAAGAUACAGCCGAGGAAGGCUAUCAAUGGCACAAGCAGCUUCCCGAAGGCCAGCACCUGGGUGCGACGAUUGGAGGACUCAGGUCUUCAGUAGCUCAAAGAGAGCUGGAACACGACUUCACCCUUGCAGGGCGCCGCGCAACCUAUGCUCGGAAUCGCCGUGGUGGAAAUCCUGCUCUCCGUAAUCAACCACAUCGCGACACCUCCGCAUCGAACCCUGCCACCGUGAAAGUAAGGCCGGCCAGAGUUGCUCCACCUCUCCGGCUGACGCAUCCUGAGCUUCUUCACGAGCUGGAUGGGCGUGCCAUGACUGCUGGAGAGGGGCUGAAAAAUGGCCUUACUUUUGCAGACACUGCGGCUCUUGCUGCUCGAUACAACGUGCCCUGCAAGCGUCUGUCGGAGUAUGUGCGCAGUCAUUGUUGCGAGGAGAUGGACAGCGACAACGAUGCCGCUGCGGCGCAGAACGCAAACGAAAUCAUCGAGAUCAAAAGUGACGACGCUCACGCGGCAACGAGCGAGUCUGCGGCGAACGCAAGCCAAAACUCGGAGACCGAGAGCGAAGACAGUCACGCGGCGGUGAAUGAGUCUGUGGCGAACGCAAGCCAAAACUCGGAGACCAAGAGCGAAGACAGUCACGCGGCAGUGAACAAGUCUGUGGCAAACGCAAGCCACAACGUUCAGAUCGAGACGGCGGCCGAGUCUCUGGCGGACCGCGUCCCCGCAAGGCACACACGGGCUCCAGUGCCCCUCAGUUUCCCUCACCUGCCACAGGUGAGGCGGGGCAAGCGUCCUGAAGAUGCGGACUCCAAUUGGAGCGUGCUGCCUGCUAAGCAGCGACCACGUUUCUCUUAG